AUGGGUGGCACGGCAAACAUCCGCCGCGAGGCCAAAGCUUCGAGGGAACAAGAGCAACUCGCGAAAACGAAAGCGCAGGAGCACAAAGCGAACGAAGAUGCGAAAUUCAUCGGCUUCGAGAACCCGACGUUAAAACGAGAGAAGAAGAGAGAAGAAGACGCGAAGAGAGAAGACGAAAUCGCGCUGAGGAAAGCGGAGAACAGAAGAAUAGCGAAAAUGGAGGAAGAGGAGAUGAACAAAAUCGGUCAGAAGAAGAGUUCGAGUAGUAAGAAGCUGACGAAAUUCGAAAUCGAACAGAACAAAGCGAUGGAUGCAAAGGCGAGAUUGAAGGCGAAAUUCGCGGCGAAGCGAGAAGCGGAGUCGUACGUCAACGUGGACGAAAUCGAAAACACAAACAAAGCACGCUUUGACGCAGAAAAUAAAGAAGCAGUAAAAGGAGGAGGAGGAGGAACUAUCGACAGAGCGGUCAAGGAGUUGACAGGAUUGGACAUCGCGAAGAAAACGCAACCGGUUUCGAUGAAGGCGGCGUACAAAGCGUUCGAGGAGAGAGAACUCCCCGGGAUGAAAGAAGAACGGCCGGGGUUGAAGAAAAGUCAGUACGACGAGUUGUUGUCCAAAAUGUGGAAGAAAGAUCCGACGAAUCCCGUGAACGUUAAUGCUUUAAAGAACGGCAAAUGA